AGAAUCCUCCUCUGCCGCAUGCGCAGUCCGCACUACGGCCCGAAGGCGUUGGUGGUUGGUGACCGUACGAGGAUGCGUCGCACUCCGGCAGCAUCAGUACCAGCUCCGCCGUGCUAAUAAGCCAAAAACCCGGGCGACGGAGGACUAAAACGGGCGGUGUUUGCGGCUAGAGUGGCGCCGGAGCAUCGGAGCGGCGACAUGGGAGACCAGAAGGAGUCUCUGCGUAAGAUCACCCACACGCUGGCGCUGAAGAAUGAGGAGAUUUCCAACUUCGUCUGCACUCUGAAGCAGAGCCUCGACAACUUGGAGGCGAACUCCAACAGAGUCCAGGCGGACCUGGAGUCGGAGUUCACCUCCCUCCACUCUAUUCUGGACGAGAUGAAGGAAAGCAUGCUGACGCGCAUCAAGCAGGAGAGAGCCAGCCGCACGUACGAGCUGCAGAGUCAGCUGAGCGCCUGCUCCAAAGCCCUGGAGAGUUCGGAGGAGCUGCUGGAGGUGGCCAAUCAGACGAUGUGCUCCUCUGAGACGGACGGUUUCAACCAGGCGGCCAAAGACAUUAAGGAUAGCGUGACAAUGGCUCCAGCCUUUCGCCUCUCCCUCAAGGCUAAAGCCAGUGACAACAUGAGUCACUUGAUGGUGGAUUUCAGCCAGGAGAGGGGGAUGUUGCAGAGCCUCAAGUUUCUCCCAGUUCCCGCCACUCCUGAGAUCCAGCUGUCAGAGUGCCAGGUGUGCGAUAACACCGUGACCAUAGCGUGGACGCUGCCGGAGCCCGACAGCAAGAUAGACCACUACAUACUAGAGCAUCGACGCACAAAUCACGAGGGCCCACCGCGCAUCAGAGAGGACUACCCCUGGAUGGUGUUGGAGGGGAUAAAAGAGAUGGAACACACACUCACAGGUCUGCGCUUCGACACCCGCUACAUGACGUUCAGAGUGAGAGCGUGUAACAAGGCGGUGGCAGGAGAGUUCUCUGAGCCGGUAACACUAGAAACACACGCCUUCACCUUCAAGCUGGACGCUGCUUCGUCCCACCAGAACCUGAAGGUGGAGGACUUGAGUGUGGAGUGGGACAGCAGCGGAGGAAAGAUACAGGAAAUGCGUAAGGAAAAGAAUCGAACCAACUCCCCGAUGCACUCUCCAGCCAGAUCAGCCCUGAUGUCACCUAAGAGAGCACCGACAGCCCGGCCCGGCAGAGACAGAUUCACAGCGGAGUCCUACACAGUUCUGGCUGACACCAUGAUUGAUGCUGGCCAGCAGUACUGGGAGGUGAAGUUUGACAAGGAGAGCAAAGCCUUCGCCGUGGGCGUCGCCCUGCGGAGCCUCGGCCGAUUCGACCAGCUGGGGAAAAGCAGCGCCUCUUGGUGCAUCCACCUGAACAACUGGCUGCAGCAGAGCCUCACAGCCAAGCACAACAACAAGGCUCGGACGCUGGACUGUCCCAUCCCAAACAGAAUAGGUGUCUACGUCAACUAUGACGAAGGUGUUCUGUCUUUCUACAACGCCAAAACUAAACAGCUGAUGCACACCUUCAAAACCAAGUUCCAGCAGCCAGUCAUACCAGCUUUCAUGGUGUGGAACGGCAGCUUCUCGGUCGUGACGGGCCUGCAGGUUCCCAGUAUUGUGCAGAGCGGCCAGAGGAAGAACAGCGGCACCAGCAGCUCCAACGCCAGCCUCACCUAGACACCUCCACUCAUCCGGCUGCUGGACGCCUCCCAGCGCUCCUCGACCACAGUCACCGCUGCAGAACGUCACCUCUGCCCUGGCUGCGGUCCAAGCCAUAUCAUGGAAGAGUUACUUCACUGGAAAAUGAUGGUUCAGCCUGUUCCACAUACGGUGUUUGCGUUGCAUGAUGACCAAAAAAUAGUUGUGGGAACGAGUGAGUCAUCCGGGCUGUCAGUGACAGAAUUCUUCAGAUGUAUGACUCUGGCUGUUGUGAUUUGCUCGGGACAUGUUAGCUGUAGUCUUACUAGUUUUCCUUCUCUCGACACGUUCAUUUAGCACUGGCCCACUGCUGCUAGAGCAAUGGUUUAGCGCUGGCCGCUGCCCUUCAUUUCCUCUCCUUCACCAAAACUGUCAGUAGUACUGUCGAUGCAGCCAGCUGCAGGCCUGUCCUGUCUGCUCUCUCCCUGUGCCUUCCUCCUCAUUUCCAAACUGAUCAGCCAAAUCUGGUGAUCCGCACCAACAUGCUGGUAUCUCACAGCAAGAAAUGGCCUCCCUUUUAUCAAGUUAAAGCAAUGUAUCGUGUCGGUGUCGAGAUAACUUGUGUCAGUGUCACUAUAACCCACUGAAUCUGCCUCUAUCCAUCAGCCAACCUACUGUAUGUAACUCAAGUAACAGCCUGCUCUUAGACAGUAACACUACUGAAUAGAAUGUAGUUUAUUACUCAGUCAACUUCUGCCAGCAAGUAAUAGAUCGAGCAACAUGAACAACACAUAUUAGAGAAUGUUGUAUUUACUUCUUGCCAAGGCGUGCACACUCAACAGUGUUUACUACAUUUCACUCUUUGUUAUCAGGUCCCACAAUUUGCCUGCAAGAAACUUGGGUCCAGGUUGUGUUAGUUUUAAAUCGGAGUCAGUGUCUGAUGGACAGGCUGCACAGGUAGUCCGAGGGGGAGUGUUAGUCAGUGUAACUCCACGUACCGUAGAGGAGUCAUCAGAUACGGCUUCAGGAUUUUGGAAAUGACUGUAUGUUCACCUGACUGCACCCUAAUGCUUGUAUGUACAGUAUGUAUGUGUCUGAUCCUGAUAAUAACCACUUUAUUUGCUGAAGAGGAGUCCCAUUUAUGAGUAGUGGACUGUGUAGUCCAAACAUAACAAAUAGCUAGCAAGUAGCCUCAGCUAACUAAUUGUAUUACGAGAGUUAGCCAAGUUCAGGCUCCACCUGGAUGAGAAAACACAAGCGAUCAACUCUGGAAAAACUGAUGUGAUGAAGUCCUUGGUGCACCGCCCCGACCUCUAAGUUCAUGUCAUACGUUACACAGUCUUGCUUUGCCACGUUGCUCCUUCUGUAUGUAUCUCCUGAAUAACUGUAGCCUGCAAUGCUUUAAAGAAGCGUCAAGCUGAGAAUUAUGUUGACUUUAUUUCACAUGCUGACAAAAUGUCACGAUUUAUUGUAAAUAGUUUAAUUUUUCCACUAUAAUGUAUCAGUCGUUGAGGUAAUAAAGGAGUGAGAGCA